AUGCUGUGUAGGCUCGCAGGUAGAUGGCUGCGGCGAUUGCCUGACCUGCAGCUGGCGGUCAGGGUCUCACCAACUGUUCCAGGAACAAGGGGCGCCCUCAUGCGCCCCGCUGUCCCUGUUUGGGCGGUGGCUUCCGUCUCUGCGGUGGAGCCGGGCGGCGCGGGUGGCUGGUAUGAGUUCCUGGCUGCGUCCGCGCCGGUGAAGGGCGCAGAGGACCUGCUGCUCAGCGCACACGCCGCCUCAGGCCUGCCGUGGUGGGGCAGCAUUCUCCUCACGACCGUGGCCUUGCGCGGCGUCGUCACGCUGCCCCUGUCCGUCUACCAGCACUACAUCUUCGCCAAGGUGGAAAAUUUGCAGCCAGAAAUAAAAAAUAUUGCCAGGCUUCUCAACCACGAAGUUGCAGUACGAGCACAUCAAUUAGGAUGGUCCAAAAGAGUUACCAGGAUCACUUAUUUCAAGAAUAUGCGCAGACUUGUUUCAGAGCUGUAUGUCCGGGAUAACUGCCACCCUUUCAAAGCCACUGUGUUGGUUUGGAUUCAGCUGCCAAUGUGGAUCUUCUUAUCUGUUGCUCUCCGGAAUUUUAGCAUGGGAGUAACACAUUCAGAAGGUCUUUCUGUUCAGGAGCAGUUAGCUACUGGUGGGGUUCUGUGGUUUCCUGACCUCACUGCUCUGGAUUCCACUUGGAUUCUGCCUAUAUCUGUUGGUGCUGUCAACUUAUUAAUAGUUGAGAUAAUUGCUCUGCAAAAAAUGGGAAUGUCUCGUUUUCAGAAGUAUGUUACAUACUUUGUCCGUGGAGUAUCAGUGUUGAUGAUUCCAGUUGCUGCAACAGUACCUUCAUCAAUUGUUCUCUAUUGGUUGUGCUCCAGUUUCAUGGGCCUUUUACAGAACUUGCUGCUACGUUCACCUCGAUUUCGCCAAUUUUGCCAAAUACCAUUGACGAAGUCGGAUUCACCCACGCCUUAUAAAGAUCUUUUUGCUGCCUUUUAUGCCAAGUUCCUUUCAAGAAAAUAGUAUACUUUUCAAUAAUUUUG